UUUUUUUUAAUGAGGUAAGCAGGUGUAAUAAAUUCGGAGUCAAAUACGGAAACUUUUUCAGAAAUGAAUCAGACAGAGGAUUCAAAAGAGGCAGUUGAAGAGGUACCUGAAGAUGUUGUUCAGUUAUGUAGAGAAACAUUUAAAAAGACGGCAGAAUAUUUACAUGGAGAAUUAGAUGGAACCAUUGAAGAUUAUAAAUUACUAGAGAAUAUGAACAGAAUUACCAUUAACAAAUACUCUGAAAUGAAAUCCACAGCUGAAGAUAUUGCAGGAAGAUUACAGACACUUAAUGAUAAAUACAAACAAUUACAGCCAUUCCUAGAUCAGAUUGAUCAGAUAGAAGAAAGUGUUAAUACUUUAGAGCAGGCAGCAUACAAACUGGAUAACUACUCAAAACGUUUAGAAAACAGAUUUAAGAAUUUGGAAAGGCGAUAGCAGACAUUCCAUUAUGCUUUAAUUUUGACUUAUUAUACAUUUUGUAUAUUCAUUAUAAAUAAUUUGAUUGUGCAAUAGAAUUUACAUUAAAUAAAGUAUAAUACCAUAUGACAAA